CAAAUCAUCGUCUCUCCUGAGUGGAGUGCAAUAAAAGUUAGCUGCAAGAAGAGGGACUUAAAGGGAUUGGAGGAAAGAUCUUUUAAUUUGUCGUUUCUUUGUCAUCCGCUAUAAACCCAACAAAGGUGACCGUCCAAUCGUCUCUUCAAUUUCCCUUCUCUCCACAUCUCUUUAACCCAUAUAUAUAGACGAAGUCCUAAGCACAACCUUCCUACAAAGCAAGCAAACUAAACGCCUCUCUCUCUCUCUCUCUCUCUCUCUCUCUCUCUCUCCGCACAAAAAAUGGUUGCAUCGGACGUGAAGAGCCCCGUGCACAGCGUGAAGCUGUCGUCUAUGGUGCCGGCUAAGGUGACGGGUAACAACACGGUGCACGAGCUGGCGAGCAUGGACCUGGCAAUGAAGCUCCACUACCUAAGGGGACUCUACUUCUUCAGGAGCGAUGCCGUCCAGGGGCUCACCAUCUCGGACCUCAAGAAGCCCAUGAGCCAGUGGCUGGAGCUCUACCCCGCCACGUCCGGCAGGAUCAGGCGGUCCGAGAGUGAGAAGCCUGUCGUCAAGUGCAACGACAGCGGGGUCCGCAUCGUCGAGGCCCGGUGCGACAAGUCGCUCGAUGAGUGGUUGGCAGCAACCAAGGAGGAGGAGGAUGGUGGCUGGGAGCUCCAGGACUUGCUCGUCCAUUCUCAGAUUCUUGGCCCUGAUCUUGGUUUCUCUCCCUUGAUUUAUGUUCAGUUCACUUGGUUCGAAUGCGGAGGAAUCUGUGUGGGUCUAAGCUGGGCUCAUGUCCUUGGAGAUGCAUUCUCGGCUUCGUCCUUCAUCAACAUGUGGGGCCAGAUCAUGGCGGGUCGCGCGCCGCCCAAGUCCCUCCGCGCGCCAAUUCCCAAACGGUCCGCAUUCCCCGACACGGCGCCAUCGACCGUUAAAAGGGUCGACCCGGUUGGGGACAGUUGGUUAGUCGUCAAUGACUGUCAGUUGGAAACGUACUCUGUUCACCUCACCCCGCAACAACUUGAUGACAUCACGAGUAGAUGCCGCUCGUAUGGCGAAUCUAAAGUCUCGCAUUUUGAACUACUGUCCGCGUCGAUUUGGAAAUCCUUGUUGAAAAUAAGGGGAGACGGGGGGCCAAAGGUUGUAACCAUAUGUGCGAAUAAUGUCCAUAGAGAGGUGAAUCGAUUACCCUCAAAUAGCAUGGAUUUGAGGAGGGCCGAAGUGAAUUCCUCCGCGGCGGAAGCGGAAGUGUCCGAUCUCGCGAGGCUGAUUACCGAGGCGGCGGAUGAGAACGGCUUGAUUGAAGAGAUGGUGGGGAAAGAUGAUGGUAAGCUGGACUUCGUUGCAUAUGGGGCAAAUUUGACGUUUGUGAAUUUGGAGGGUGCAGAUGUAUAUGGGCUAGAGUUGAAGGGCCAGAAGCCAAUUUUUGCAGAUUACAGGAUAAGUGGGGUUGGAGAUGAAGGGGUGGUGUUGGUCCUUCCAGGACCAGAAAAUGGGGACGAAAAGGGUGGUGGUGGGUUUGGAAGGACAGUGACGAUGGUCCUGCCCAAGGCUCAAAUGGCGCAGUUCAAGAAGAUGAUAAAUGAAACAUGGGGAAUUUCGCCCUAAUGACGGGGGUGACGGCUUCUGAAACGAUCCAAAGACUCGUUCUGCUGGUGACAAUAAAACACAAAAUCGAUUAUUAGCGCAUAAAUAUACGUAUCGAUUUGUGUUCUAGAUGUGAAUUGUAAUGUUGCGUGUUUUGUUAAAUUGAACAUUGUAAUUGCAUCAAGGCGGUUUGGAGGAAAUUUAUGUUGAAAAGUUAACAUUUUAUUCAUGA